AUGUCAUUUGACGAUUUAACUGAUAAUACCAAAUCUCUAAGGAAUAUUCCUGGAGCGAAAUAUAUAGAACAUAUCGCAGAAUUUUUACAAAAUAAAAAUGAGGAAAAUAUACUCCGCCAAGCAAGAGAACUUUUAUUGAAAUAUAAAUUUAUGGAACAUUCCUUUGUAACUAGACAAGUGAACACUCAAAAAAAAAUACCAGAAUUAACAGAUGCCUUAAGAGUUGUGAAAACUUUUCAAAAAAAAAAGCAAAUGGGAAAAAACAAAAAUUUAGUAACAUUAUUUCCCGUGGAAGAAUCUUUGUUUGCUAAGGGAAUCAUCGAAAAUUUUGACAAUAUUAUGUUAUGGCUAGGGGCUAACGUAAUGGUUGAGUUUACCUUUAAUGAAGCUAUAAAUCUUUUAAAUCAACACUUGCAAAGAGCAAUAAAUUUAUUCAAAGAAUUGGAUGAAGAAUUAUCUUGGUUGCAUCAACAAAUAUGCACAACAGAAAUUAAUAUAUCAAGAAUUCAUAAUUAUGUUGAAAUGAAAAAAGGAAUGAAAGAAAAAGAAGCUGAUAAUAAAACUGAACAAGUAAAUUAA